AGCGAGCGAAAAAUAGACCACUUUGAGUCCCGGCUAGCCAACAUCGAGAACAUGCUCCGCGAGCUGGCCAUCUCCAUCCAUAACAGGAGCCCUUCGGUGUCAGUCACUGAAGGUAGACCCCCAAGCCUCGCCCAGGGGCUCACAGGCUCCUCGCCGGCCGCCCGAGACAGCACCGAUAUCGUGUACGGCGUCGAAGAUGACGACGACAAUGACUCUGCGUUCGAAGGAGAUUCCUCCAUGGCGGCCCAAACUGUCUUUGCGAGCGAGUUCCUCGAGAACACAGUAACCCGGACGCUGCAGCCCGACCUUGACCCGGACAUGAAGUCCGCCCUGUCUUCUCUCCAGCAGAUUGUCAACAUGCAGAACCGACCCAGUCCUCACGAGUCCCGCUUUGCCAACGCGAAGCCCUUGCCCAAGGGCGGCGUCCGAGAGCUGCCGAUGCCACCGGCCCAUGUCGUUGUUGCAGCGCUGCGCGAGCUGAAAGACGUUCCGCUCGCGAGCUUCGCAACCAUCUGCACCUUCAUCGCCGCCGAGAACUUUGCCGAGCGGUGCAGCAAGGUGUACUUUGCCACCGACGACUACAGCCUCAUGACCUGGGGUGUUGUGAAUGCAGGGUUGUACUUUCUGUUGCAGGAGAAGGCGUCGUUGGCCGAAGGCGCGCAGAGGGCCCAGCUGCUCGAGUACCAAUCCCUCUGCCGCGACAAUCUCGAGACGGCCCUAGUCAACCUGCCGCUCCUAUUGCCGGCCCGCAAGGAGAGCAUCGAGGUGCUCUUGCUAGGGGCCUUCUACGCCAUCGAAAUCUCCAAGUUCUCCGUCGCCCGCGACCUCAACUCGAUAGCCGCCACGCUCUGCCAGACCCUAGGCUACCACCGCAUCCGCGGCAACGACGGCAGCGGCUCCAAGGCGAUCCUCUUCUGGUCGUGCUACCUCCUCGACAAGGCGCUGUCAAUCCGGUCCGGCCGCGCGCCGGCCAUACACGACUACGACAUCACCGUGCCCCGCGGCCUGGGCGACGGCGUCGUCGACCUGCCCGACGCGUCGUGGCGCGUCGUCCUCAACCAGUGGAUCAGCUACGCAGAUUUCCUGGGCAGGGCGUACGAGCAGCUGUACAGCCCCGCCGCGCUGGCCCGGCCGCAGGAGCAGCGCGCCGAGAGCGCGAGGCAGCUUGUCCAGACGAUGGUAAACCUGGCCAAGGAGCAAGAGCCGCUGAUGCGCCACACGCGAGACAAGGUGCGCGGCAUCAAGUUCGACGCCAACAGCCCGUUCCCGAUGGACAUGGCCAUCCUCGGCGACGAGUUAAUGCACUGGUCGGCCCUGACGCUCGUGUACCGCGCCAUCCCCAGCCCGCCGGGCUCGCCCAGCACCUUCAACCACGAGUGCAUCCACGCGGCGAGGCAGGCCUUCACGCUGCACCAGGAGUACAUGGAGAUGGCGGGCGACAGCCUGGCCGUCAAAGCAGGGUGUAUUCGCUGGAACCUCAUCUACGUCCCCUUCACCCCCGUAAUCAUCCUCUUCUGCCACAUCGUCGAGACCUCCGACGAAGCCGACUUGCGGCGUCUUGCCGACUUUGUCGACUCGCUGCAGCCUGUCGUCUGCGCCCACGGCCACGCGGCCGAGGGCAUCGCAAAGUUCCACCGCGUCUGCCAGGUCCUGCACAACGUCGCGGCCCUGUGCGUGCGCGCGCGCAAAGCCGCGCGCGCCCGGCGCCAGCAGCAGCAGCAGGAUCCGUCACUGCCGCAGCAGGACCACGACAUGGCCAUGGUCGGGGAGAAUAUCGACAUGUAUUUGAGUCAGCUUGGGUUCAUGCCGCCGUUUGGUACCAUUCAAAGUGCCGCGCAUCCUCCGAUGCAGGGGGGCGAGGCUUCUCAGUUUGGCGGUGGUGGCGGCGCUCAGGGGGAGAUGUCGUCUGUUGGGUUCAACAAUGCAGGCGGCGCUCAGGGGAGCGAGCUGGGGAAUUGGUUCUCGGGGAAUACCCAUAUUCUCGGGCUGUUGGAGGAGGAUCUGUCCGAGUUUGAGCCGCGCAUGUGGCCGUCGAUGGGUGGUUGACUGGGAGUUGCUAUUGUUGGUGUUCGGCGUUCAGGCAACUGGCGUCGGGUGAGCGCUGUAGACUCAGGGUGCGGUAGAUGUGGCUUUUAGGGUGAUUUAGGCUGGGGAAUUUCCUU